AUGUUUGAGGCGUACACGCAUUCUCAAGUCAUCGGCGUCGGCUUCCUCGUCGCAGCCGGUGCUCUCUCACUCCUUUCAGCUGGAUCCCUCUUCGUCUUCAUCGUCAUCAAGGCGGUCAAGACCAAGGAUGCGACGGAUGCCAAUUUUUUUCGCACUCCCCUUGCAGCCUACUUUGGUUGUUUGCUCUUUAGCGACAUGAUAGAAGGUGUGGCUUCAAUCCUAAACGUAUCAUGGGUCGUCCAUCGUGGAGUCAAGGAGGGGACGCUAUGCACUGCGCAAGCCGCUCUCAAGCAGUUUGGCCACCUUGGCACAGCGAUGUGGUCGCUGAUCAUUGCGUGCCAUACUUUUCUCCUCCUGUUCUAUGGGAAGAGAUUUGGACGAUGGGUACUAUACAUCACUCUUGCCGGUGUUUGGCUCUUCGUCGUCCUGCUUGUCCUGCUUGGUCCGCUCGCCAGUGCCAAAGCCGAACGAGGUCCCUUCUGGGGAAUCACAGGGUCAUGGUGUUGGAUCGAGGAGACGUAUCCUAUUGAGCGCCACCUCCUUCAGUAUGACUAUAUGUUCAUCUCCGCUUUUGGAUCCUUGAUUCUCUACUCUCUCGUCAUCCUACGCCUGCGUGGAAACAUCCUCGUCGUCGGAUGGCGUUUCUUCUUUCGGCGAUGUAGUACAUCCAAACCAGACAUGGACUCCCCACCAGAGUAUCAAGCCGGUGUCGACAGCAAUUCCCUGCUCUUCUGUAAUCCUGGUCAACCCAGUCCGCAGGUGCUCCGAGUGGCAAGACACAUGAUGCUCUAUCCAUUGGCGUACACAAUUCUCGUUACACCUGUCGCCACGACGCGCUUCAUGUCCUUUUCUGGACGUCGUGUGUCUGCAGAGGUCAUCAUCGCAGCUGCAACGCUGCUCAUGCUCAAUGGGUUUGUCGACACCGUCUUAUUCCUCGCUACAAGGCGUGUGGUUGUAUCAAAUGUGCUGUCGUCGAUACGACUGCCGUCUUUUCGUCGCCAAUCUAUCACCGGGGACAAUCUUGGUGCGGAAUUGAGGAGCAAACGCGCUUCAAAGCACCCAGUAGUCCUACACAGCACUGGAGAAGGGCCUCACAUAUUCGUCAAUGUCGAGCGAGAGACGGAUGGCGACGUUCCGAAGUCCCCUGCCUCUUCGUACUCUCCCCAGCGCAGAUCGUCGCAGCUCCAUCGUCAACAUCGCUCAUUUGGGCCAUAUGAUAUGCUGACGACCUCACUCGAUGAGGGACUUUCCACCAAAAAGCGUGCGUCCUCUGUAUCACCACCGCUCAUUCGUAUACCUGCGAAGCGGGGUGUGACGUGGGACAAUGAACCGGCCAGUGAGGUGAGACCGGGGACCGCAUCGACCACCAUUGGAGAGGAGGCGGAAAAGCACGCCGUCCAAGAUCCCCAAUACCCUCCACCAGCUGUGUUCGCGGAGAACGCUUCUCAAUCUCGGCGACCAGAGAUUCAUUUGACGCUCCCACCUCUCAAUACGUCGUCGCCCAUCAACAGUCAGUCAGAAAGGUACAAUGAUCGCGUCUAUGAUCAUCCGUAUGCUUCUCCGGUGGUACGUAGCGUCUAUCCCGGUCGAUAUGAUUCAUAG